GGAUUGGUUACUACGAACAAACAUUUCACCAAUCAGAAUCAGAUUAGCCGGAAUAGCGGUGAUAAAAAAACCGUGGACGAGCCAGUGCUUUUUACUUACACAGAUGAAGUUAGUAGCGUUCAGAUUAUCAGAUUAUUUAACAGCUAAUUAACAAAUAAACCACGUAAAAAAUGGCUAAACCCCAUGUCGUUAAUUGUUGAUGCGUGUCUCUCACUUUGUUUGUUUGACUUUUAGCUCGCUGAGGUAAUCGAGCUAAUUUCCCACAAUGGCAGAGCAAACAAAAAAAAUCAAAUGUAUAAAAAACAUACAUCUGGCAAAAUCCACUAAAGACAAAUUGGAUAAAUUCAACAGAAUAAGGGGUGCUGAGGUGAAAUCUUGUGGGUUUUGGGACCUGGUGGUGAUCACAGCAGUAGAUGAAGAUCAAAGGUGUUGGUAUGAAGCUCAGCUACAGGAGAAGAUCCGCAGGCGAGAGCUUCCCCUCAAUGUUUAUCAUGUGUUUGCAGAUCCUCCAGGCUACAAAAUCGGUAAUGGAGGCUCAACACUACACGUUCUGCAGCUCCUGAGUGAUGAGUAUGGAGAGUCUUUAUCCAGAUUCAGAGUGCUCCUCAUCCACGCUGGAGGGUGGAGUCAGCGUUUACCCCACGCCAGCGCUCUGGGGAAGAUCUUCAUGGCUCUUCCACUGGGAGAUCGUGUGUAUCAGAUGUUGGAUCUGAAGCUGCUCAUGUAUGUGGAUUUUCCUGCUCACAUGAAUCCUGGCGUGUUGGUCACAUGUGCUGAUGACAUCGAGCUCUACAGUGCCAUCCCCAGGGUGGAGUUUAAUAAACCUGGCUUCACCGCUCUCGCACACCCCUCCCCCCUGUCCAUCGGCCAGUCACACGGCGUGUUUGUUCUCGAACCCGGAGAUGAGCCGCCUGUCCAUGAUGUGGAAUAUAGAACCUGUCUCCAGUUCCUGCACAAGCCUAGUGUGGAAGUAAUGCACAGGAGUGGCGCUGUAAUCAGGAAGCAGGAUGAUGAAGUGGUCUACACGGACAGCACGUAUUACAUCAGUUAUGGCACGGUGGAGACGCUGCUGGUCCUGUUCAGAGAAAUCGGACCUCUGAGGUGUGAGAUUGACGCCUACGGAGACUUUCUGCAGAGUUUAGGAACCAGCGCUACGGCUGAGUACAUCAACAACACUGAGAAUGUGAUGAAGAAGGAGAAAGAUCUGGUGGAGGCCAGAAAGAAGAUCUUUGAGCAUCUAAGAGGAACAAAGCUGAAUGUUGUAAUCCUCAAUGAGUCAAAAUUCUACCACCUGGGCACCAUAGAAGAGUACCUGUUCCACCUCACUGUAGAUCCGUGUCUACGAGAGGAACUCGGCCUCCAGACCAUCACCUUCAGCUCAUGUCCUCUGGACGUAUGUGAGAAUAAAAACGUGUGUGUCAUACAGAGCAUCGUCCACCCAAGUGCACGAGUGUGUGAGAGCAGUGUGGUGGAGUUCUCCAGGCUGGAGGAUGGAGUCGAGCUGGGCCGGAGCUCCAUCAUCAGUAGCUGCUGGGUGGAAAGGGGUCUCUUCGUUCCCUCCAACACCUUCAUGCACUCGUUCGCCGUGUGUUCAGAUGGCAGGACGAAAUUCAUCACUGUGGCAUUUGGCAUUCAGGAUGAUCUGAAGAAGACGGUGUCCAGCCGUGAAGACGUGAGCAGGUUGGAGGUGUUUGGUGUUUCUGUGGGAGAGUGUGUGAGUCGCUGGGGACUGAGCGUAGGGGACAUCAGGGUCUCAGGAGACGGCUGUGUGUGUAACCUUUGGACCUGCUGCAUGUUUCCCGUGUGUGAGGACAUGAAGACCUCAUUCUCUAUCACGCUUCAGAUGGUCCAAGCAGCUCAUGGAGAUGGAGUUGUGAGUUUACACAAAUACACACUGCUCUCACUGCAGGACAUCCUCCACCACAAAGAUCUGGAGACCAUGUUGCGGUUCAGAAACGAUCUGUAUGAGGUAAUUCUGCAGGGAAAAUGAGAUGCAACACAUCAGGACUACCAACAUCUGGGAAAAAUAUCAAGAUCUUAUAUAUCUUAUAUAAUAUAUCGUAUAUCCAGCUAAAUGGAACACAUCGCAUUUAAAAAAAAUUAAGCCCUUAUCUCCUGCAAUGUGUGUUUGUGUUUCAGAAUUUACUGUCUACGAUCUCCUCACAUCACAAUCUCUUCACGUCACUAUCUCCUCGUGUCACUAUCUUCUCACGUCACAAUCUCUUCACAUCACCAUCUCCUCACGUCACUAUCUCCUCAUGCCACAAUCUCUUCACGUCACUAUCUCCUCAUGUCACUGUCUCUUCACGCCACUAUCUCACGUCACUAUCUCCUCACGCCACAAUCUCUUCACAUCACUAUCUCCUCACGUCACUAUCUCCUCACAUCACAAUCUCUUCACAUCACUAUCUCCUCACGUCACUAUCUCCUCACAUCACAAUCUCUUCACGUCACUAUCUCCUCAUGUCACUGUCUCUUCACGCCACUAUCUCACGUCACUAUCUCCUCACGCCACAAUCUCUUCACGUCACUAUCUCCUCACAUCACAAUCUCUUCACGUCACUAUCUCCUCAUGCCACAAUCUCUACACGUCACUGUCUCACGUCACUAUCUCCUCAUGCCACAAUCUCUACACGUCACUAUCUCCUCACGCCACAAUCUCUACACGUCACUAUCUCACGUCACUAUCUCCUCAUGCCACAAUCUCUUCACAUCACUAUCUCACGUCACUAUCUUCUCACGCCACAAUCUCUUCAGGUCACUGUCUCCUCACGUCACUAUCUCCUCACGUCAUGAUCUCUUCACAGGGUUCUGAUUCUCUUUCUCUGCACUCUGACUGUCAGCAGGUUUUAAAGCUCUGAUGAUGUGUAUAAAUUUGCUCUGAUUCUUGAUAUUGUAGAAAAUAUAUAAAAUAUAAAAAAAAUAAAAUUCUGUUCUGUUCUCUUCUGUAUCAACUGAUUAUUAUUAUCAGAACACACUUAAAACACCAGUUCAGUUUUAUUUUUAUAGAAAUGCUAAGAAGAGACUCACAGCAGCUUUACAGAAAUCCAGAUGUUUUUAUUUGAUAUUUAAAAGUUUUAUAUUUUAGACUCAUAAUGUGAAGAUAGAGAGAAACAAAGUUACAGCUCUGUUUUAUCUUUGUCCUCACACACACACACACACUUGUACAUAAACACACACACACACACACACACACACUCAUAUACACAAGCACACACACAUAUACACAAACACACACUCAUAUUCACAAACAAACACUCAUAUACACAACAUCGUUAACUAAGUUGUUUAACACGUUUCGAUGUAAAUAUGAGGAAAUGAAGCUGAAAUUCUGAUCUAUCGUCUCAUAUUCAUCGUUUGAUCUCA